GAUUGUUCUUCACAUUUUUUAUUUUUCAAACGUGAAUAAAGACCAUUUUGCCAUCUUUGUCUACUACCAAAUGUCAGUGAUCAUUGAACGACGGUUUUAUUUCAAGAUAUCUAAGAAAGAAAUCACUAGAAAAUAACCCAUUUUAUUGAUACCAUAGCUUUGAAACUUAAAGCGAAAAGUCGGUUAAGUGAUUAGUUUUACUUUGCAAUUCAUCCUUACAUGCCAUUGUUUAAAAUCAUACAUGUGAAUUUAGUCGCGUAAUCUUAACACUAAUCGGCCACAUGGGUUCUUUCGAUGCUUAUGGUCCGAAUUCACAAGCCUUAACGUUCUUCGACCCUGAAGAGAAUGAUUUAAUUGGAGGAGAUACACAGGGACCUGAUUAUGACUGUUCUGAUUUCACUCUGCCUUCACAGUCUCAAACACAGGCAUCUCAACUAGACCCUGAUAAAAAUUGCUUCUCUCAGCAGCAUGAUGGGUCCAAUACCAUUGACGUGCUGUCCCAACGUGUUGCUGACUUGGACUUCAAAGAUGAGGACAUAGAUGACUCUAGUGUCGACUUGCCAGAGCACGCAUGUGCUUACUGCGGUAUUCAUGACCCUGCUUGUGUAGUAUUUUGUAACACCACGAAGAAGUGGUUUUGCAAUGGUCGAGGCAACACUUCAGGGAGUCAUAUCAUCAAUCAUCUUGUUAGAGCUCGUGCGAAAGAAGUUACUUUGCACAAAGACGGACCUUUAAAAGAUACUCUCUUGGAAUGCUAUGUAUGUGGGUCAAAAAAUGUUUUUCUGCUUGGUUUUGUGCCGGCGAAGUCAGAGUCUGUCGUCGUGCUUCUGUGCCGUAACAUCUGUGCUAAUGCCAACAAAGACAUGUACUGGGAUCCUGCUCAGUGGCAACCGAUAAUUCAAGGACGUCAGUUUCUUGCUUGGCUUGUGAAAGUUCCAAGUGAUGAACAGCAAGCAAAAGCUCGUCAGAUAUCGGCCCAACAAAUAAACCGACUGGAAGAAAUAUGGAAAGAAAAUCCUCAGGCGGCAGUCGAGGAUCUAGAAAAACCCGGUGCAGAUAACGAAGUCAACCCAGUGUUGUUAAGAUAUGAAAAUUCACAGCAAUAUCGAGAUGUAUUCAUACCUUUAGUGGAAUUAGAGGCUGACUACGACAAAAAGAUCAAAGAAUCGCUGAAGUUGGAGAAUGUUUCCGUUCGUUGGGAGACUGCCCUUAACAAACGCCGAGUGGCUUACUUCCGGAUUCCCGGUGCUAACGAAGGCCCAGAACUACGUAUUAUGCAUGGGGAUGAGUUGAUCAUUCGUCAAUUUAACAGUCCGAACGAUUAUUUGGUUGGUGACGGUCAUGUUAUCAAAGUGCCUGACAAUUUCAGUGAUGAAGUCGGUUUGGAAAUGAAGCAAGUCAUUGAUACACCUCUAGAACCUGUGACGUACAAAAUCGAAUUUAAAUGGAAGUCAACUCCAUUCGAUAGAAUGAGACGAGCGAUUUCUGUCGUUACCGACGAACAACACGGUUUAUUACCACCAUAUAUAUUCUACCGAUUGCUUGGCCAAGAAUUAGAUGAUAUGGUGUUAAAGUGCAACUUACCUAAACGCUAUUCUGCACCAGACUUACCGGAGCUAAAUCACAGCCAAGUGUUUGCCGUCAAAACAGUUCUCCAACGUCCACUUAGUCUAAUACAGGGUCCACCCGGAACGGGUAAAACUGUGACGUCUGCAUCAAUAGUUUAUCACUUGAACCAAAUACAUCAAAAAAAGGUAUUGGUUGUAGCUCCUAGCAACACUGCAGUCGACCAGUUGUGCGAAAAGAUUGACCGUACCGGAUUAAAAGUUGUGCGCCUAUGUGCAAGAUCUAGAGAAGCUCUAGCAUCUCCUGUCAGCCGUCUUAUGCUACACAUACAGGCCCAAAAUGUGAAAGGUCAUACUGAACUCCGAAAGUUACAGCAAUUGAAAGAUGAGACUGGUGAACUGAGUCAGGAUGAUGAUAAACGUUAUCGAGUUCUAAAACGGGAACUUGAACGGGAACUCCUUAUGGCAGCUGAUGUGGUUUGCUGUACAUGUGUAACUGCUGGUGAUGCACGUCUGGAGCGCUUAAGUUUUCAUUCCGUUUUAAUUGAUGAGUCUACCCAGGCUACUGAACCAGAGUGUCUAAUACCAUUAAUGGUAGGCUGUCGCCAGGUUGUUCUAGUUGGUGAUCAUUGUCAAUUGGGACCUGUAAUUACGUGUAAAAAAGCUGCUAGCGCCGGAUUAACUCAGAGUUUGUUUGAGCGAUUUGUUCUGCUGGGUAUUCGACCUAUACGUCUACAGGUCCAGUAUCGUAUGCACCCCGCACUUUCGGCCUUCCCAAGUAAUGUUUUUUAUGAAGGUAGUUUGCAAAAUGGAGUGACAGCAGAGGAUCGUUGCAAAAAGAUCGAUUUUCCAUGGCCAAAUCCAGACAGGCCUAUGUUUUUCUACUGCACAUCUGGACAGGAAGAAAUAUCCGGUAAUGGUGUAUCAUACCUGAAUCGAACAGAGGCAGCAACAGUUGAAAAGAUCGUCACAAAGAUGCUGAAAAUAGGUGUUAAUCCGAAUACUAUCGGAGUAAUCACACCUUAUGAGGGACAACGUGCAUACUUAGCACAUUAUCUUCAUUAUUCUGGUUCGUUAAAUGCCAAAUUGUACCAAGAAAUCGAAAUCGCUAGCGUGGAUGCCUUCCAGGGGCGAGAAAAGGAUUAUAUCAUCUUGUCCUGUGUCCGAGCAAAUGAAAAUCAAGGUAUUGGUUUUCUCAAUGAUCCACGCCGUUUGAAUGUUGCUCUCACUCGUGCUCGUUACGGAUUAAUAGUAGUUGGAAAUCCAAAGGCUUUGUGCAAGCAACCACUUUGGAACCAGCUGCUACACUUUUAUCGUGAUCAGCAUUUACUCGUGGAGGGACCCUUAAACAAUCUAGGUGAAUACAUGUUACAGUUUCCUAGACCCAAAGUUCCGUACACUUUCAAACCUGGUGGACAUUAUCUAGCCCAGCUAUCCGCAAAUCCCGCAUUACUAAAUAGCAGUCAGUUAAAUGGGCAAUUGAAUACACACCCCGGAAAUCAAUUUAAUUAUCUUUCUCAUGUUUCAAAUCCGUCUCAACCAUGUUUUGAUAAUCCUAAUGGGCCAACAGCCUUAGUAGCAGCUAUGGCGGCAGCGGCUGCUGCGGCUUACUUUGGAGGAUCUGGUUCAAAUACGCGCCCGAAUGUCUCAACCUUAGGAUUACAUGGGUCGUCAGCAAUCAACCAACCUGGAGCAAGCCAUGCUGCAGCUUAUGCUGUUGCGGCUGCUGCAGCUGCUCAACAUCAAUCAAGUCAACCGUAUUCUAGUCAAACAAAUGGUAGUUCUCAUAGUAUGCAUCAACUAUUAAACCAGUCAUUAUUCGACCAGGUUGGGUAUAUAGGACCAAAUCGACAAUAUGCAGAAGCCAACGCUAGUUCAAGUAAGUAAUUCAUUGAGUAAUACAUAUACAUCACCUCAGUUUCCUGUCGAUCGCAAAUAGAAGUUCGAGUGAAAUAUUUUUCGACGAUUUUACUGAUAUGAAGGCAACCAGUAAAGUGCAAAGUUUUCUGUGGAGUCCUCUGUAUUCAUAACUGUUUCAUGUGAUUUUCUGAAGUUUAUUGUGAGGAUUCUAGUGGUGGUGAUGGUACUCAAGACGCAUUUCAAUAAGCUUGGUAUGGCCAUCGAGACCUGUUCUUCAUAUAGGUUUACACUUAACAAUCUUUAGAUAUUAAAUAUAUGUAGGUUGUUUUAUAAUUUUUACUAGUAAAACACUAAUCCAAUAGUCAUCUGACUGUUAUAAUUUUUCUUUAUAUCCUUUGAAAUUCACUUGAUAUUUCACAUUAUUUUUUGAUGAUUACCUAGCUUAUAUUUCCAGUUUUCCAAGAAAUAUAUGCUCUCUCAACGACAGACAGCGUGAUGUAAACUCGUAUAUACGAGGUCAUGCAUAAUUAAGGGCAUGUUUAUCGUUCAUAUACUUGUUGAAUUGUUGGCACUACACAGAAGAGGUUAAAAUUUGAAAAUUUUAGUUGCAAGCGUUAAAGCCAAAAAAACUCGCCCUUUGUAAGGGAGACAUCAAAGUGUUCUUAUAAGAUAGUUCCUGACAAAGUUUGUCACUAUCUCAUUCUACUGUUGACUUCUUUAUCACUCGUUUUAUCUAGAUCUUCCUAUGCCACUCAGCAUGUUGAUGCCUGCUGGUCGAAUAUCGAAUCCUACCAACGCAGCAAAUCCGUUUGCCUCUUCUGGUCAUUUUGGCAAUGGAAAAUAUGGCACCAACCUUGGGGCAGCUGCGCCACUUGGUAGAUCAAUACAAGCUUUGGGUCCACUAAACGUGCAUCCCAACUACUCACAACUAAAUACGGGAAGUACGAGAGCACCCGGCGGUCCUCUUCCUGGAAAUAACGUUGUUGGUUCCUCAGCUCCUCGGUAUCUUGGAAAUGCACGUCGAAAUGUACAAGGUAGUUCACCAAAUGCUUCGGUUGGCGCUUCAAAGUCACGUCAAAUUGAUGGGCCCAGUAGUCUGACCAACAUUUCUGUGGAACGCGGUAAUACUAAUACUUCCAACUCAGGUGCUGGUCUACUUUCUCAGCCUGGUUUGUCAGAAUUUUCGGGAACUCAAGGCACAUCUGGUCUUAGUAACAUGGGUGUAUUCAGUAGUCAGUCGCGUAAUUCAGGACUUUCCGGUUUAUCUCAGGUAGUUUAAUCUUUGAUACUCACAUUAGGUUUUACCGAUAUACAUGGUUGUUAGUCUUAAGGAUAUUUGUUUCGUAGACCUUUGUGAAUAGUUAUGUAUUUCUCCUAGCUUUGAUUUCCUGUUCAUUUAAAGGACAAGUUAGUAGGUUAUUUUUGAUGGGUUAUUUCCUUAACCCCAAUACAAACCUUCGUAAUUCUUUGUUGAGAAAAUAUCUUAGGUAUCCGGAUUUGCUAACGCUUUUGCGCAGUGCAUUUGCGCCUUUAAUGUCUUGUAUCGGUUCACUAUCAAUCCAUGUCCGUUUCUCGGUUUCCUUAGGGGUAUUCAUUGUCCAUAUGCAGAUAAAAAUUUUAAUAUUCAUUUAUUGACGCUAGUUUAUUACAAAUUCACUUAUUACACUGACUAAUCACCGACAGAUAAAACAUAAAAGCCUUAAAACAAUUAUAUAAGUUAUUUCAUUGGUGCUUUCUAUUUAAAGUCGAAUAUCAAAACUCUAAUUUAUGUUUCUAGGAGAGCACUUCGUUGGACUUUCGUCUUGGUCAGGGUGCCAGUCAAAUGGACAACUUGCUUCUUUCUCAAGAUUCUACAUUUCAAGGUGCAACUGUACCUGCGAGCAAAGUAAAUUCACAAAGGGGAUCAAAUUUGUUCGCUACCGGAAGCGAGGAUCAUACCAACAUAAAUUUCGAUUCUGGUCUGGUUAAUGGGACCGAUUUAGAAAAUAUUGGUGUCUCUCAAAACGCAGUCAGCUGUGCGAGCAGUGGUGCACCGCUCUCGCAGUUUUAGGGAUCUCAUCCGGCUUAACUUUGGGCCGCGUAUCAAUGAUCAUCAACGAACAUAUAGUUUCUCAAGGGUGUCUGUCUACAGACAUCUGCAGCGACGACGGAAUAAAUCGAUUAUUCGGAGUGCAUCACUUGGAAGUACAAAAAAUUUAAAAACCAACAUGCACUCCGAAGGUUGCACUACUUGUUUUUAACCUCCUGACUAUACUAAUUCGUAUUAAUAUUUGGUUACAAGGUGUUUAUUUUCGUUAUAAACCCCUCAAUAUACAAAGCUUUUAUUCUACUAAUAACCUGGUUGCCUUUCAACUGCAAAAGAGAAACAAUGUGAUGACGUUUGUAGCUUCUAUUUAAGACUAGAAUGUUUGGUCGGUUCGUACAACGCGUUGUUCCAACCCCGUCCUCCUGUAGUUCGAACGCAUUUUCAGAUAUAAAUUCUUCAUUUCUUCGAAAAACUGAGGGUCUUGUAGGCUGAAAUCAUGAAUUUUUUAAAAAAAAUUCUUACUAUCUUUUGUUGCACUCUAAAGCCUUAUGAAAGUCCGUCUUGCAAAUGUACAUUGCUGCCCAGUAGUAUUUUUGUGUACAGUUUGACCAUUCUGAAAACAUGGAAUGUUCAGUAGUGAAUAAUACUUACCGUCCCAAAGCUUCGC